AUGAAAACCAGAAAACAGUUUUACAGAAGUUGUACUAGGCAUACAACAAAACGCUUUUCAAGAAAAUGGUUUUCAACUGCACUGAAUACAAAUGUUAUUAAUAAAUCAAGGUCAACAGCAAAUAAACUGCUUUCAAGGAAGUAUACUUCCUUGCUGCUUUCAACUGAAACAAUACAACAUCAUAGGGCUAGGCCUAGUCUGAGGCCAAGAUCCAUAAUUGAGAUCAAGCGAGAAGAUGAACUUCAUUGCAAUAAAAAUUCAUGGAAGAAAAGACGUAGAAUCCUUCAAUUUCAGAACUUGCCUGUUAUCUGUCAAAUCCAUGUAUUCACAUUUUUGAAUGAUUUUGAAAAAUGCCAAGCUUCUAUGGUAUGUCUAACAUGGGCCAGACUUAUUCGAUCUCCAAGUCUUUGGACGAAAGCGGAUUUCACCCAGAUUGGUUUACUUAGAGUGAAUUUCAGACACCUGUGCAGUCAGACAAUGCUAGAUUUUCAAUUCACUUCCGAAGAUUCAAUCAAUAAUCAUUUGGAAGAAAUGUCAGAAAGAUAUAUUAAAAGUCUUAUUAACCGUAAAGCAGCUUUACAUGUUUUGAAAUUUAAAUUUGAUAUCAUUGAAAAGGAGGAAUCCUGGUUGAAACUAUUAGAAAUUUGUCUGACAAAAACUGUUUCUAAGGGAUUGAGAAUGCUUGAAUGUGAUUGGUCGCAGACGGUAUUUUGUAAAGCUUAUUGCAGAGCAAUGACUUGGUACCAUUUAAAGCCUCGGAAGCAUUUAAAACGAGAAAGAAUAGCAUGCUUUCAGCGUUUUCUCAAGGUUCUUCACAGUACUUCUCCGAAUAUUCUCACCAUUUCCUGUCCAUUUGAUUGGUCUCCUUCAUCUGUCGGCCAUAUUGUACGCUUUGAAUGCUUAAAAGAAUUGAAACUCGCACGAUACUGGGCUUUGCGUGGUAUGCAACAGGAAGAGCUGACAACUUUACUCCAAACUUUACUCCAUUUAGAAAGACUUACUAUUGAAGUCUGGAUUCCCAUACAACACAACCAGCACCAUUUUAAGAUUGUGUCAAAAUCAUUGAAAUAUCUAGACAUUAGAAAAUGUAAUGGAUUCUACCUAUCUGAUCUAGAUUUACCUAAUUUGGAAGUUUUACGAGAGGUUAAGUGUUACGUUGGACCGUUGAUCAUGUCAGAAUCCCUAAAGGUGCGAUGCCUCUUGGACGUAUUAAGAGCUGGUGCACCUAAAUUGAAUACUUUGAACGAUUUGAAACUGUUACCAAUAUGGAAGAGUG